AUGGCGAAGGAGGAGGAGAAGCCCAAGAUACAGGAUAAGGGUAAGGGGAAAGCGGAAGAGGGAAAGCAAGCGAACGGCGUCAACGGCGCCAAAGCAGAUGGCAAAGAUGGCAAGAAGGACAGCGAUUACGAUUUGCCUCCGGAGGAGUUGAGCGAGGAAGACCAGAAGCUCAAGGAUGAGCUGGACAUGCUCGUUGAGCGAUUAACUGAAUCAGACAAGUCGCUAUACAAGCCUGCACUUGAAGCGAUCAAGACCAGCAUCAAGACAUCGACAAGUUCGAUGACUGCUGUCCCGAAGCCGCUCAAGUUCCUGCGACCUCACUACGAGAAGCUAUGCGAGGCUUACGAGAAGUGGCCUGCGGGUCCGGAGAAGGACUCGCUGGCAGAUACUCUUUCCGUGUUGGGCAUGACAUACUCAGAUGACGAGGACCGACGAGAUACGCUCAAGUACCGUCUUCUCGCACCAGGCACUGACAUCGGCUCUUGGGGUCACGAGUACAUGCGCCAUCUCGCACUGGAAAUUGGGCAAGAGUAUCAGAAGCGGUUGGAUGAUGACAACGGCACCGACGAGAUCAUGAAACUCGUCCUGACACUCGUACCCUUCUUCCUCUCACACAACGCCGAAGCCGACGCAGUCGAUAUUCUCUCCGAGCUGGAAAUGAUCGAAUCGAUUAAGGAUCACCUCGACGAGAACACAUACGCGCGUGUCUGUUUGUAUAUGGUAACCAUGGUACCCCUUCUCACAUACCCAGACAACGACCGCUUCCUGCGAACCGCGCACGAUAUUUACCUUCACUUCAAGCAAUACACACAAGCGAUCACCCUAGCGAUUAGAUUGAACGAUAUGGAGCUCAUCAAGUCUGACUUCAGCGCAACGAAAGACAAGGCUUUGAAGCGUCAACUUGCUUUCAUUCUGGCGAGGCAGCGGAUAUGUCUGGAUUUGGAAGGCGAGGACGCAGAGGACCCAGAACUGCAGGAGUGCUUGAACAACACAAAGCUUCCCGAGCACUUCAAGUCACUUGCGAAAGAGCUCAAUGUACUUGAUCCGAAAGUGCCAGAAGACAUCUACAAGUCACACCUCGAGUCGAACCGAACGAUUGGCCUUACAAACACCGACUCAGCACGGCACAACCUUGCAUCGGCUUUCGUCAACGCAUUUGUCAAUGCUGGCUUUGGAGAGGAUAAGCAAAUGUUGGUCGAAGGUGGUGUAAAGCAGAGUUGGAUCUGGAAGGUCAAAGAGGACGGCAUGAUCUCUACUGCGGCAUCAGCAGGAAUGCUUAUGCUUUGGGAUGUGGAGAUGGGUCUUGACAAGAUUGAUGCGUACACAUAUGUUUCGGAGGACCAAAUCAAGGCUGGCGCUGCAAUGGCGAUGGGUAUCAUGAACUCUGGCGUCAGGCUGGACAGUGAUCCCACCAUGGCGCUUCUCGGAGACUUCGAGGGCAAGUCAAAGAAUGAGAAGGUUGCUAGAAUUAUGGGACUCGGACUUGCGUACGCAGGCUCAAACAAGGAAGACUUGUUGGACAUCCUGCUGCCAAUCGUCUCGGACACGGGCCUCGAAAUGCAGCUGUCGGCAACUGCGGCGCUUUCGCUCGGCCUGAUCUUCGUUGGUACCGCUCAGUCCGACGUCAGUGAGGCUAUCAUUCAGACUUUCUUGGACGAUGAACGGAACAAGCAGCUCAAGGACAAGUGGACUCGUUUCAUGACCCUCGGUCUUGCGAUGCUCUACUUCGGCCAGCAGGAAGAGGUCGACGUCAUCUUGGAGACGCUCAAGGCGAUUGACCAUCCAAUGUCGAAGCCCGCUUCUGUGCUUGCAGAGAUUUGCGCAUGGGCCGGUACAGGUGCAGUGCUGAAGCUGCAGCAGCUCCUUCACAUCUGCAACGAGCAUAUCGAGGAGAAGGACGAGGAUGACAAGGACAAAGAUAAGAAAGAAGACGGCGAGGAGAAGAAGGAUGUCGCCGGCGAGCAGCUUGUUCAAGCUUACGCCAUCCUUGGUCUCAGCUUAGUAUCUAUGGGCGAAGAGGUGGGCCAGGACAUGGUCCUCCGACAGUUCGGCCAUCUCAUGCACUACGGCGAAGCAAACAUCCGCAAGGCUGUUCCUCUAGCUAUGGGUCUCAUCAGCCCUUCGAAUCCUCAGAUGAAAGUCUACGACACGCUCUCGAGAUACUCUCACGACAACGAUAUUGAUGUCGCCAUCAACGCCAUCUUUGCCAUGGGGAUUCUGGGUGCCGGAACAAACAAUGCCCGUCUCGCACAGCUUCUACGACAACUCGCAUCCUACUACCACCGCGAUCCGAACGCGCUUUUCAUGGUGCGCAUUGCUCAGGGUCUCGUGCACAUGGGCAAGGGCACGAUGUCCAUCAAUCCCUUCCACACAGAUCGAUCGGUACUGUCGAGGGUCGGCGCGGCGGGCCUUCUGACAGUGGCCAUCUCCCUCAUCGACAACCCGAAGGCUUUCAUCCUCGGCGACAGCCACUACCUUCUCUACUACCUUGUCACUGCCAUGCACCCUCGGUUCUUGGUCACACUAGACGAGGACCUGAAGCCUGUUCAAGUGAACGUACGAGUAGGUCAAGCAGUCGAUGUCGUUGGGCAGGCUGGUCGACCCAAGACCAUCACAGGCUGGCAAACACAAUCAACUCCAGUCUUGCUCAGUCACGGCGAGCGCGCGGAGCUGGAGGACGAGGAGUGGAUCUGCUUGGCGAAUGUCAUGGAGGGUAUCUGUAUACUCCGUAAGGUAAGUCAGCCUGUUUGCGCAAAUCAGACGACCGUAGCUAACACUUUGGCAGAACCCGGACUGGGAGGCACCGUAG